UUUGGAACCAUACCAACAAACCCUGCGCAGUUUUUUAAGUUUGAAACAAAGAAGCUAUUGAAUUUUUUUUUUUUAUUACUGUUAAAAAAAAAUAAUAAUAAAACGCACAAAUAGCCUUAGUUUUGCGAAUAUAUUCACGUUUUUUGUGAAUGUGAACGGACUUAAACAUUUUUCAAUCGGAUUUUUAUAAAUAUUUUAUUUACUGCCACUGUGACGCGCCUCCUUGACGCCCCUUUUUGCUGUGCAACUUGGAUGUGAUUAAAUAAGCAAGUGACAAAUUAAAACACCACUGUAAUUUCAGUAGGAGAGGGCGCAGAGGAGUAAAAGGGUGGUAUUUUAAAGGCAGGCACAGCAGUAAACGGGUGGUAUUUCCACAGGCAGAGGGGAAAUUUCUUUUCAUUCUGUCGAGACAACGGAGUCGAAAUAAUGAUGCAUGGAUUUGGACAUCACAGUGCAGAAAUCCGAAAGGAUUCGUUAAGGCAAACAUUCUUUCUCAUCCCCAUAAUGCUAUGGUCAUCUGCAGAUGCUUUGAGAGUGACGAUUCCAGUGAAGAAUAUGGCAGCAGCCAAAGGACACACUGUGGUUCUGGGAUGUGAGUUUUUCACUAAUCCUCAACAAAAGCCAGAUAUUUCCAACUUGGUGGUGACAUGGCAGCGGAAGGAGGAUAACCGUGUGGUCCACAGCUUCUAUUUUGAAACGGAUCAGCUAGAAAAACAAGACCCUUUAUACCAUAACCGUACAGCGCUUUUUGUGAAAGAGCUGACCAAAGGAAACGCUUCAUUGCGUUUAGAGAACGUAAGAGCGAAUGAUGCAGGGCUUUACCUCUGCACCGUCAGCGUUAACGAGGAUGCAGACAAGGCAGAAUUAAAACUGGAUUACGGAGCUCUCUACACCGAGCCGAGGUUAACCGUCAACGUAAAUUCCUCUGGAGUUCUGAUGCAGUACGAGACGAUGGGAUUCCCUGCUCCGGAGGUUAAAUGGAAAGGAGAACAUGGCGAGGUCCUCAACAAAGACACAAAGAUAUCUGUGGAAUUAAAUGAAGAGAGAGGACUUUAUUAUGUCCAAAGCAGUUACAUGGCACCAGACCCUCUGCACAACGUCACCUUCAUACUCAGAAACCAGCUGCUUGAUCAGCACCUGCAUAGGACCUUCAGCUACACAGGUGUCCAAAACCCCUGCUUAAAAGUCAUUAUCGCUCUAUCGGUCGUUUCCUUACUCCUCAUUUUGACUACAGGGACUUUGGUCGGGAUUUACUUUUCCAAGAAGAAAAAAUAAAUGAAAUAAUCCACACAGAAGUUUCCUCUACACCAGCGAUGUCCAAGCUUAUCUGGAAAGGGCCGUGUGUGGGCGCAGCUUUUCAUUCCAACCAAGCAGAAGCCACAGCUGAUUCCACCUGUUUAUUCGGUUUUUUCUUGGCUGUUAGUAGACUCUGGUGUGGUUUCUGCUUGGUUAGAAUGAAAACCUGCACCCACACCGGCCCUUUCCAGGCGAGACUGGACACCGCUGCUCUACACGAUGAUUUCAAAUCAAAAUUCGGUACAAAUAAUUUCAUCUUGCUUUUUCUUUAUUCUGUCUAAAUCUAAUUGUGUUCAAUGUAAUCUGUACUUUUUAAUGUAGCUGGCUAUUUUCAUUUUGGAAAAUAUUGUCAAACAUACUUUUUGUUUUUAUGAAAAAGUAAAACCAAAGCCUUAUCUUGACUGACAUUCCCAUAAAUCAUGGCAAUCACCUCAUAACAGCUCAUACAGUUCAAUAUGUCCAGAAUGUCUGAAGGCGUCACGAAGCUGGGAAGUCCUUGUGCUUCAGGAAUGAGUGGUUUCCAAAAACAAAAAAAAAAGUAUUUAGUACCAUGCACAGAUUGGACCAAAUAGAAAAGAUAUAUUUAUUAUCAUUAUAUUUAUUAUUAUUAGCAGUAGUAAUAGUAGCAUUAAUAUUGUAGCAUUAAUACAGAGGACUUUGUGUUGUCGUAGUUGUGGUAGUAGUAUCGUAUUAUGACGCUCUUCUGUGUUAGACACACGAGGUUGCAAUUAAAAAUUAAUAAUAUGUUAAUAAUUGAAAAUAAUUUGUCACUGGUGGUUUCCAAUGAACAUGAGUUACGUUAAUGGACAACACGGAUGCGCACACUUCCUACCAUACCAUAACCAUAUCCGUUACAGGAUGAGUCGGUUGAGUUAUGCUGCUUAAAUGAAUCCAGUCAAUCAAGUCAGAAAAUCAAAAAUUGGGAAAUAUCCCAAGCUAGCUGCAUUUCAGCUCCUCUAUUUACAGAAAGCUUGAAUUGACCUAAAGCAAUAAUCGUAUUUAAUCUCAUAACAUUUAUUUAUUUACGUUUAUAUCUCUCAUAUCAUGUAUACCAGUGAUUUAACUCUCUCUGGUUAGUGAGCACAUUUUCUAGAGUUAAAAGAAAUGAUAAUGAGCACCAAGUGUUUAGGUGCUAACAUUUUAGUAUUUCAGAUUUAAAAAAAAAGGUAAUAACAGCAACUUUUCCUUAUUCGUUCUUUGACAUGCGGUGAAGAAUAUAACGGCUUAAUAUGUAAGGAAUUUCCAAAAUCAGUGUUAGAUUAAGAUGAUGUCUGUAUGUUUAGUUGUUGUGGCUGAGACCUAAAGGGGUGUAUAAUGAACCUUUUUGUUUUAGUUUACAACACUAAAGUGUAAUCCCAGAUGCUUUGUGAAAAACCAGAACAUAUCGAUCUCUGCUGCUGUCCUGACCCCUGUUACCUCACACGGACAUUCUACCUAUAACACAGAAUACAGAGACCUGAAACUUCCUGCUGGUGGAUGGUGUGGUAGUGAAAGGGUUUUAUGUCUGGUCUCUCUGCACAUUUUGUCUAAUCUGCUGAAUGGAUAUUGUUUGCGCUCCUGUAUGCUACUGUAUGUCUAGUUACCUAUCUUAAAGAAAUGAUUCUUAUAAUUACUUAAUAAAGCUUCAUAGAAACAA